AUUUUGCGACAGUUUGACCUUCAAGUGCUCGCAACCCCCUAGGAGCGUUGCCGCUGAGGAGUUACCUUUUAUCUUGUUUUGGGGACAAAUGAAGCUGACUGAUUCUACCAUCCGAACUUUUAAACCUGUGAAAUAUUUUAAAGAAAAUUCAGACCGUAUCAAUUCCCUCAGUUAUUCGAGUAAUGGUGAGACGCUUAUUUCUAGCAGCGAUGAUGAUCAGAUGGUGACUUACGAUUGUUCUAGCGGAACACCUAAACGUACACUUAACAGCAAGAAAUAUGGAGUAAACUUGAUACAAUUCACUCACAGUCCGACGACUGCGAUUCACGCUUCUACAAAGAUUGAUGAUACAAUACGUUACCUUUCUUUGCAUGAUAACAAGUACAUCAGGUACUUCCAGAGUCACACUAAAAGGGUCGUUUCGUUGUGUAUGUCACCUAUUGAUGACACGUUCCUGUCUGGCUCAAUGGAUAGUACCAUUCGUUUGUGGGAUUUGAGGUCACCCAACUGCCAUGGUGUAAUGCAUGUUUCCGGUCGACCGACAGCGGCUUUUGAUCCAGAAGGAUUAAUAUUUGCAGCGGGGAUUAAUUCCGAAUCUGUUAAGCUCUAUGACCUACGAUCAUUCGAUAAGGGACCGUUUGCUACGUUCAAAUUGGGCAUGGAAACAAGCGGAUGCAUUUGGACCGGUUUACAAUUUUCCUCUGAUGGAAAGGCUCUUUUAAUAACGACCAACGGAACUCAUAUUCGUCUAGUUGACGCAUUUAAGGGAUCCCAUCUGCAUACAUUAGCCGUAAGAUUAAUUUCAAUACACUUUUAUAAACGAAUUGGGGGGGGGGUAUAUUUUGAAACACUGCAUAUUUUUUCACUGUCACAACAUAGUUAAGCAAAAAUAAAUCCACUUUUUUGUAGAAAUCUCGGCUAAAGGUACGUGGUCAUGUUCACCGAAAUAUCUCACCACUAAGUUAUAAGUAUUAAAUAAUCAAGAAGUUAAUGUCCAUAGAAACAUUUCUCAUAUAAUCUAGAGCUAAGUGUAGAUUUAAAUUUUAUAGUUGAACUGUGUCGGUUAGUAUAUUUCAUUGAAAACACGUUAUCUUGCUAGUGUCAUCAUCUCUGAAGUGUUGGUGCUUGGUGAAAUCUUAACUCAUUCAGCAUGCUGGCUUGGCUUCGACCAAAUUACUUCGAUCGUGCUGUAGAUGAGAUAUCCGUUUGUCAACAGAAGGAUGGGUUUACUGUGCGUCACUUCGUUUUUUAGACUAAAACGUGUCCUUUAAAAACAAAGGUUGUGGCAUUACAUAGCGUUAGAUAAGAGGUGUUAGCAAAUUACUCAGCAGGUUGUCAUCUAAGUGUUAUGUAUCAAUUGUUAGAUCUACUCAGUUUCUUAUUAGAAGAACCUGUCAAAUCAUUUGUAAUCAGAAAUUACUGUACGCACUCAUAGAACAGCACAUUCACAGGUUGCUUUUGUUUGAUCAUAGAUGUUUCCGAAGCAUCUCUAUCGUAAGUUGAGGCUGUCGAGUGAAAAAGGCUGAGAUUAGACAGGGUAAUUGGUAAACAUGGCAAUUCGGUUGAUAAGGUUGUGAGUCUUUCUCGACUGAGGUGGUUGGUACAUGCAUUAGGUGUACCAGACCACUGAUAAUUCGAUGCACGAUUAUCGCUAGUGCAUUAGUGGGUUGGAAGAAAACUCCAACCGGUUAAGCCAAGACGUGGUGUCGUAAUGAACGAGAACUCAGGUGUGGAAGACCAAUUCGUUGUUGAGUGCAAAUUUGCAGAGUGCUUACAUAAAAUAUGAAAACCACACAUUAAAUACAUAAUUUGCACAUCUUCCAUCAGUCGUCCUUUACAUACUUCAUGUUUCUUUAAAUUCUUUUGCUAUUACAAUUACUUUCUGUUCUCUUCAAUUAAAUCUUCUGCUGACAUGCUAAAUACUGCUUAUAUCAACAUAAGUAGCAUACGCCACAGUAUUAGUUCUUUAAGUAAUUGACUUUUGGACUGAACCUUGUUUACAGGUUGCGGUCAUGCAAUCAUCGUAACCGGUAGCCUAAGACGUUGGGUGACACGGUUCAGAAUCUGUUGGAAUGACGCAUGCUUUCACUCUUAGGCUUCCUUUUGGAUUCUGAGUUUCUAAAUCAUCUUGUAUUUUUUAUACGAAUUCUUUCUUGAAUCAUAUUGUUCAUGUCUAAUUUUUUUGCUACCAAGAACACUGCCAGUACUUUUGCUACUGGGAUUUAUCUUGAUAAUUUUAUCUGCCUAUACAAACGUGGUUUCGUAAUUUGCACUGAUGCACAUAUGCCAGUUGUUACGUCGCUUAUUACUGCAACUGGUUAACAUCAAGUAAUAAGCAAAAUAAAUAAAUGAGUCAACUUUAGACUUUUAACUGUAUAUAAACUGGAUUAAAUCCAAACAGUCCGCAUUAUCUUAGCCGGUCAUAUUUUACCUGUAAUAUUGGGUUUUGACCAGUUUAUUUAUGAAAUUUUAUGAAUUGUAAGCCGUUUCAAUAGUACUGGCUACGAUGUCAUAACCGAAAGUAAUGUUUGUACUGUACAACAUUAUGCAACCGUUUACUGGUCCUUACAGUUUUAGCUAAAAAAUAAAACCAUGGCCUCGUAAGGUGACCCUGAGGAGUCUUCUAACGUGGUGAUAAGUAAUUUACUUAUUACUAUGGUUUACUGUUUAGGUCGUAAGGUUUGAUCAUGUCAAUCAUAGAAUAUUAUUGAUUGUUGGAGGUUAGAUCUUUUCGGCAUAGUCUUGUAGGAAUUAGCUUAAGUAUUAUCCUUUCAAAGCUAUUAUUAAUUCAACACCUUACCAGACCGUAAUUAAUAAGUUCUGUGCAACUUAGUAAUCAAGCGUAAGUUCUUGCAUUUGAUCUUGAACUACACGUUUAGUGCAAGGGAUAUUUAUAUCAUUUUGGUAUCAGAAAGGGAGUAGUUAGGGGAACCUGACGACUAAAAGUCGGGUGCUAUGACCUCCCGGUCACCUUUCCAUCAUUCCCAUUUUCAUUGAAAGCUCAAAAUUAUCAACGUAAAGGAAGAAAAUUAAAGUUAUGGUAUUGUCAGUGGUGAAAAUACGAAAGCAAAUCUACGAGAGGGAAUAAAAAGCUGAGGAAGCUUAUGUUAUACUAGGCUGAUUUUAAACUACAUUAGCUAAGGUCCCCAAGUAAUCUUUCAUACAUCAACCUGGAUACUUACGUCUUUCUACAUGAUUCGAAUUAAGUCAGGAGCUUCGGCUGCACAUACAAUUACUCCAUACAUUCGUGUAGCAGCAGUCUAAAAGGUGUUUUAAAAGCUGGAUUUUAUUAUCAUUGCUUAACAGGACUUUUUUUGGGUACUCCAGGUCAGUAGAGGAAUCUUAUGGGUGGGGAUCGACUAGUACGGUAUCAGAGUAACGGUGUAUUACUUCUAGAAGUGCAUACGUGAAGUUGGAUAAAAAAUGAAGAGAGUAAACAAUCUCAACGAAUAUCGACUGUCAUAGUCACUUCAGACGAUCAGUCGCAAUAAAGCUCUUACGUAACUGUGAGUGUGCAGGUUGAAGACCACAUUAGUGCUAUAUGCUUGUCCAACACUUCUUUAAUUAACAAUUAGAUUUUACCACGUGGCCCUGACAGGUGGAGUGGAUUGCUAUCGUCAGGUUUGGGCAAAUGGUUCAUAAUCGUAGUUUACGUUUAUCCGUUGAGCUAUGAGCUGCAAAUUUUUGUGAGGAAUAGUUAUACUACUCAGCCACACAAAUAAGAGUAGCUAGUGUGGGUUUUAAGCAUGCAACUCCGAUGUAAUGGGUGAUAAUUUAAGCCCUGUAGAUAGACCAUAAUUUUGUUGGCGCAUUAAUGGCCCAUGAAACCCCAAUCACACAAUUCUUCAUAUAUUUAAUGGUAUAUAAUCAUGUUUCCUUUUCAUUUAAUAUAUGUCCAUCAUAUAAUUUUACUAAAGGAAAAUCCCCGCAAACCAGUUGUGUUAUCUGUUUAAUAUCAGUUAGUCUUAGAUGUGCCAGUAGUUCAAUCUCUCGAUUAGCAGUCAGUUGGCAACAUUGUAUCACCGUAUAAUUUACCAGUCAACAUUCUCUUCAUAAUUUUAACAAGAAAACCCUGCUCAUCAUCAAAAUUCAAAACUAUAGUUCAUGGCGGACGUAGUAGUUGAUAGUCGAGGCUUCUGGUCACUAAGCAUCACGAGCAAGUGAAAUAUGUAUCGAUUAUUAUGCAUACUCGGCAGGAUUUGUUGCGUAAUAAAGUUAAGCAUUCAGUUUAUUAUUCCUUGAGGACAACUUGUUGAUUAAUAUUCAUCUUUGUGUUUUAUUUUAUGUAUACUUAACUAAUUGGAUCUAAUUUUAACUAUUCGUUGUUCUAAAUAAUCUUCGGUUGGUCAAAACGCAUCUGAUUCAAGUCUUUAAUCGAGUACAAAUUUCUAUUUUGCUUUCUUUAUUAAAUAGCGAUUGGACUCACUAGACUUUAUUUAAUUUGUUGAAGCCCAUCUAAGACCGUAAAAAUGUCAGCUUAUAUCAUUAUUUGGGGAACUGAUAGUUUUAUCGUCAUUAUAAAACGGUCAUAGAGAUGAAAAUUAAAUUUACGAAUUCGCUGUAUCAGCGAAAAUUUUGUGCAUCUAACCUGUCCUCUGUAUAUUUGACUAGAAUUCACUCCUUACAUAUUUAUUAUCAUUUUGGUUUAUUUCAAUUAAUUGACUUUUAGAAAAUAGGAUUGGUGGCUUGAAUUGGCUUUCAUUUAUAAGGGUUUAAAAAUCAGACAUUGUCAUCAGCCCUCAUACAACUGAUGUGUGAUUCAUAUAUUUUUUGCACAAACCCAUACACAGUAGUUGAGUUGGAUUUCAUCACUGCAGUCCAGAUUAACAGUUGAUUCGUAGUUAGACAUAUGAAGUUGUUGCUCGUAUGCUAUAAUUUUAAUUUUAUUUGAAUAAUGUGUUCCAGAAUUUCUAUGUUACUAGUUUCCUACUAAAUAGGAUUUUCACCUUGACAGGUUAUACCAAAUACUGACAGACAAACGUUACAUGCCAGUUUCACACCAGAUAGUCAGUUUGUUUUAAUUGGUUCGCCAGACGGAGUUGUACAUAUUUGGUCUGUUGAAACUGGAGUACGUGUGGCAAGCCUACCAGGCUAUGAAGCUGCUACCCAGUUACCAAACGCAGCUAUUCAUAGUCUCGCUUUUAAUCCCCGGUUCGCAAUGCUAGCUACAGGAUCUAACCAAACAUCGUUCUGGCUUCCAGCUCUUGAAGAGUAGAAAUGAGUUGUCUGUGAUGUCAUAACUUUCUUAUUCUUCUUCACUUUUGUAAAUAUGUUACUCUUAACUAGCAAACUUCAAAUUGCUAACCAUUCUUAAGUUUUUGAAAAAAUACAUUUUCAAUUUAUGUGAUAUUAUUAGUGAUGCUAAACUAUCAAAUAAUAUGAAAUAAAAUUACAUAACAAAAUG